UUAAGACCAUGAUUAAUGGAAAUUUUUAUGGUAGAUUUUUUAGUCAAAUAUAAGAAAUCGUCUCUUAACCCAGCUACCAACGACUUCAAAACAGUCACCGUCUCCUCCCUAACCGCCGGGAAGAAAACCAUCCUCUUCGCCGUCCCGGGAGCCUUCACACCCACCUGCUCGCAGAAACACGUCCCCGGAUUCGUCUCCAAAGCCGCAGAGCUCAGAUCCAAAGGCGUCGACGUCAUCGCGUGCGUCUCCGUGAACGACGCGUUCGUGAUGGAAGCGUGGAGGAAGGACCUCGGAAUCAACGACGAGGUGAUGCUUCUCUCGGAUGGUAACGGAGAGUUCACGGGGAAGCUUGGUGUGGAGUUGGAUUUGAGGGAUAAGCCGGUGGGACUCGGAGUUAGGUCGAGGAGAUACGCGAUUCUGGCGGAGGAUGGUGUUGUGAAGGUUCUGAAUCUUGAAGAAGGAGGCGCUUUUACGAACAGUAGUGCUGAAGAUAUGCUUAAAGCUCUUUGAUUCUGUUUGUGUUCUGUUUUUACUGUCUUCUCAUGUGUUGGACUUGGAGCUUUCAGAUUCUAUAUAUAUCAUCGGUUAAUGUAAUAACAAAUCGGAAUGUUUAGACCGUAUGUUUGUUUCGAGUUA